AGCAGGAGAGAAUGAGAGAUGUACACUGUCUGAACAGUGCGUGAAACGGCAAAGAAAAGAGUGAGGUGGGCAAAGAUAAGUAUAAAAUGAGCUGGCAAAAAGAAACUCAGGAGAUUCUUUCCCCGUAUACUGAUUCCAUCAGUCGGCUACCUAAACUACACUUUUUUUUUUUUUUUUUAAAUUUUUUUUAUUUCCACUGCGCCGCCCACUUUUUGGGCCUUACCGAAUAGCCCAAACUAUAACUGGGCCUUUUGGACCUAAUUAACCUAAGCCCAAUUCAAUACUCACUUAAUCAGCCCUAUAAAUUAGCAGCUCCUCAAGUAUCAGUUAAUCACUUCACUCAAACAACAACAUUCAUUCAAUCGAAAUUGAUAAUAAACCCCAAAAAUAAAACCCUAAUUUUUCAAAUUUUGCUUAAUUUUCUGGAGUUUUGAAGAAGGAAGAAGAAAAUGGCGCUCUGUACUAGCGGCGCUCUUUCAACUUCACCGCUUCCACUUUCAUCUUCUCGUCGCUUCUUACCUAACACUUCUCAUUUACGCUUUUCUAUCCAGAAGCUUUCCGAUUUCUCAGGAGGUGUUUCCUCUUAUCCUGAUACAAGAAGAAGCAGAUUGUUGUUGAGAGCAAGCUCAGAUGAUACAGAUGAUGAUGAUACUUUGCAGCCGGUUAAGGAGCUUUUUAAUAAGCUCGACAUUGAUUUGGAUGUUGAAGACUCGCCGACAAUUCUCCUGUAUGGUGGUGGUGCCGUUGUUGCUUUGUGGUUGCUUUCAGCCAUUGUUGGUGCGAUUGAUUCUAUUCCAGUGCUCCCAAAAUUGCUGGAAGUUGUGGGUCUAGGCUACUCAGUUUGGUUCACCACACGUUAUUUGCUAUUUAAGAAAAAUAGAGAAGAACUUGGAUCCAAGAUUGAAGAGCUGAAACAAGAAAUAUUGGGCACGAGCGAUAAAUAAUGACAUUUGGACUUUAGCUUAUGCGAAAUUACUGUAGAGUGAGAGCUUGUUCUUUAUACGAGAAGUUUUUUGCUUAGACAAUAUACUGUGAAUAAGUAGGGUAAAUUAGAGUUAUGCAUGUAUCGUUUGAUCAUACGUGAAAUGAAGGUUUGCUUAGCUGUAUAACUGUAUUCGUAUUCUGCUCUGUUUAUUUGGCCGUGUUUUUUUUUUUU